UUGAUGUGAAGAUUAUUUAAUUCGCAAACGAUUUUCUCUUUUUAAAAAAAUUUGAAAAACAACAGGAUGGAUAAAAUGAUACUGAUAUUUUUUCUUAGUGUAUCAAACACUGCGUAUUGUUGGGAAGGAUAUGUACAGAAUAUAUCGAAGCUUGUUCCAAAAUACUUGGACUAUUGUGGAAGCGAAUCCCUCUGUUCAACGAUAAAGGAGAAAAGCCAUUCAAAAAUAUCAAACACUCGCGAUUCGCACGAGUGUCCCCCGUGUUCUUGUUCGGAAUAUUGUGACCUGAACCGUAAUUGUUGCCUAGACGAAUCCUACAGCACCUGCAUUCAAAGAACGAUGAAUCCUCGCAUUACUGUCAACCGUGAUGAAAGCUAUCAAAUGGUUUCUUCUUGUCCAAAUCUGUACGAUACCUGUCUUCAACCGAUUACAGAAAAUAAUGUCCUGGAACAAAUUCCGGUGUAUUCCUUUGUUACAAACAGGACCUAUGCAAAUAUCAAUUGUUCUAAAUGUCACGGUCAAAAUGAAACCAUUGCAUGGACAUAUUACAUAGACUGUCCGUAUGUAGAAAUGGAUAUUGAUGACUAUACGGAUGCACCUAGUUUAUUGAACGGCAUGAUGUACAGUGGCUGUUCUUUAAAGUUGACCCCGCCUGUAAAUACUUUCCAGCGGCACUGUGAAAUGAACUCCCUGGUCAGGACAUGUAAUAUUACGGGGGACUGGGAUGUGUACGAUAAAGAAAUCAAAGAAGCGUGUGAGCAUUACCAGAAACCAUAUAAAUUUUACCAAAAUGUCUUUUGCUUUCUUUGUAAUACGGGUAAGGAACAAAGAAAAGUUUUAAAACUCACGGAAUCUAACAAAACGCCUAUGUCAUUUAAAAGGAAAUACAACAUAUCUAGUUACUUGACGAACUACAAUAAGUCUCACGAACAGAUGUUGCAAUUCGACGAUGCGUUAGUGCUAUUUUCAGAAAAAUAUGAUGGGACAAAUGACUAUACAAACCUGUAUAUGGCUAAUUUAACGUUACUAUCAUUCAAUUUGGCGGAGAGCCUAAACAAAAGCUUGAGAGAUGAUGAUACUUUUAAUGAAUCCCCAGAUUUUGAGGCCUCUGUGAAUCUGACCGCUCUAUAUGAGGAGUACGUCAGGUCAGGUGGCUAUCGUAACUGGUGCUCAGAGGAACACAGAGUUGACAAAAUAUUCCCCGGCUUCAAAGCAAGGAGAGACUGUAGUUGUGACGAAAACUGUUAUAAAUCUGCUUCCUGUUGCCCCGAUGCUGCCUACUUUCAACACAGGGUAUGCUCUGCAGCAUACAUCAACCACCCAUCUCACAAUAUAAUUUACGCGUCGUAUUAUUUUAUGAUUAAGAAAUGUCCGAUAAAUAAUAGAUAUCCAUUAAUAAAACUCAAAUGUGAAAACAAUUCCAAUUUUGAUUUGCUGAAUAUUCCAGUCGUGAAUACUCGAACACAUGAAACUUUUUACAAUAUAUACUGUUUUAUUUGUCAAAACCAGCAAGGGCCAAACUAUCCAGAUAUGACAAAUAUAAUGAUAUGGAACGUGAGUCUAGUGUGUCCCACUUUAUUUUUUCCUGCAAUGAAAAGUUCAGUUUCCACUGUCUUACAAACUGCGAUUGAGAAAAAGUGUUCUAUUUAUUAUAGCACUACAUAUUUGGUGGAGAGUUGCGAAGUAACUGAUCGAUGGACCAUUAAUAUAUGCAAUGAGACCGGAUUUGUUAAAUCAGUGUCUGAAAGUGCUCGUUUUAUGUGUGAGAGCAUUUACGGAAACGUAAUAGCAAAAUCACUAAAUUUCAUAUACAGGAACCAAAUUUGUGAUCUGUGCAACAGCGAUGUUUUCGAAGAACCCAUCUCAGGAUGCUUCAUAUCAGAUAAAGAUGCCAGCAAUGCUGAUCAAUAUAACUGUAAAAAUGGUAAUUUGGAAGAACAGACUUAUCCAUUUAAGAAUACGUAUUGUGAAUUAUGCAAUUCUGCUCAUGUAUGUAGCAAAGGGCAUUUUUGUGAGAUGGAUUUAAAUGAGUGUACCGGUUUUGGAUGCCUUAACUCCAAAGGCAGGCCAUCCUAUAGAGAAUUGUUUGGAACAUCAGAUACAAGUAAAGAGCGUCCUGUUAGUCGAGGGAUGGAGUGUAGCAGAUCGGAAUUCAAGGACACAUACACGAAUAAAUGCAGAAGAUUGCUUUGUUCGAGAGGAAAACUGCUGAUGAAUGACACAUGUUCCUAUUUUGUUCCUUACGCCAGGGAAGUACAUUACACUCUAGCGCUGAGAGUUCUUAUGUACUCAAAUUCGACUCGAACCAAUUUGCGUUCUGUUGAAGAUAAUCUUCAAGAAAUUCUUCAGCAAGAAAUAACAGAAGGAGACAUUCAUAUAGAAGAUAAAUACGUGUAUUCAAACUUAUCUUGUGCUGAUUUCUUGGGCCUAUCAUCCCCCGAUAUAUUUUUAAUAUACAUCGGGAUCAAAGUUCAAAAUAACCAGUUUCCAAUUAACAGAAACCGUCUGGAGAUUCAUCUGUUAGGUUUAACGAAUUCCACAGUCAAGUUUGAGGGUGUCUUUCUUGAGUUACAACAAAGCUUAGAGGCGCGGUUUCUUCCAAUUCUUGACCACCAAGAACGGAUAAACCCUUUUAGAUGCUUAUUGAAAAACAUUUCAUCUUCGUCAAAAUAUACAUACAACAUUAACAAUUUACUAGUUUGCCCACAGAUCGAACUAGAACAAGAUGAAUACAUUUUAUCUGAAGAUAAAAGUAGCAUAUCUGUAAAGCUAGUUGACCACAAAUAUAAUAUGAACGAGUUUGCAAAAGGAAAUAAUGGAAGAAUACGGAUAUGUGCGGAAUCGUACAAACGAAAUAUGGAUGAGUUUUCCCUUUUGGGUCAAAGGAGUAAUGUUGAAAUUGGAUUAACGGUUGUAACUUAUUUAUGCACCAUUCUUUCUCUUCUGUGCUUGCUUGCAACAAUAUCUGUCUAUUGCUUUUUACCUGAUUUAAGAACAGUGCCGGGCAUAAACAUAAUGUGUUACGCCUUUUCGCUGUUUUUAGCACAACUGUUCUUUAUCAUACGGUCUUACAUUACAGAUAUAAUUGCAUGUGCAUGGAUUGGAGGAUUCACUCAUUACUUUUGGAUCACUGUAUUUACAUGUACCAAUAUCUGCUGUUUUCAGAUGUUUAGAUUGUUUGUGAAAAAUGCUUUGACACAUGGUGGUGUAUGUGCUGAUAGAAAAAUAAUCUUUAGAAACUUUUUGGCGUCUUUUUUGCUACCUUCAAUUCCUGUAGCGUUGAACUUACUACUACCAUACACAAAAAUCGAUUUCAUAAAGUUUGGAUACGGAGGAAGUAAAUGUUUCCUGCUCAGUCAAAAAGCUUUAAUUCUAAUGUUUAUCCUUCCGAUAGUCCUACAGAUUAUUUUCAACAUAGUUAUGUUUUCCAUCACCUUUCAAUACAUACGAAAUAUGCCAAAGAUCCAGAGUACACAAAGCAGACAUGAUUUUACCAUUUUUUUAAAACUGUUUUUAUUGACUGGUGUUUCCUGGCUUUUCAUGAUUGUUGACGGAUUUUUCGAUGCUUCCCCUUUCACAUAUUUAGCUACAGUUGUUAAUGGUGCUCAAGGGGUGUUUAUUUUUAUUUCAUAUGCUUGUCAAAAAAGAGUUUUUCAAUUGAUGAAGGAACUUCGUGGAAUAAACUCCAAAAACUCUUAUACUUUGGACGGUAACCAUACCACAAAAAUGCAACUGUAAAUGUUUUUUUUUAAAGUAAAGUUACAAUUCAAAUAUCUUUUUUAUAAACUUACAUUUGAUCAAUUAAUUGUUGUUUUCACUCAUAC